GGGGACGGGCGUUGACGUGCGGGUGGUAAGUGGGUCGGUGGGGAUUACACUGGGUGGGUGACGAGCUGGAAUCAACUAUCCUAGAAGACCCGGGGGAAUCCGUUCCAUUACAGAGGACCUGAAAACCUCACCAUGAGCAAGGCUUCUGCACCUCCUGACUUUCAGCCUCCAACUGAUGGGCCACCCAGCUAUAACCAAGCUAUGACUGAAGGUGCUGCCUACCAGCCAACACCAGGUCCUGCCGACUACAAGGCUCCACCGAUGCCCCAGGUCGCGUCUCCGUACGGUCCGCCAGGCGGUGCUGGACCCUCGCCGUACGGCCAGGGGCCCGGUGUGCCGUACGGCCAGGGGCCCGGUGUGCCGUACGGCCAGGGGCCCGGUGUACCGUACGGCCAGGGGCCCGGUGGACCGUACGGCCAGGGACCCGGCGUGCCGCACGGCCCUGCCCAGCAGCAGCAGUACGGACAGUACGGCGCUCCGCCAGGUGUGCCCCUGCAAGCGGCGCCGCCGGCACAGACGCACCUGGUCACGGUGGCCGGUCCCAACCCGGCCCACAUGAUGUGCCCGCACUGUCACGCCGAGAUCGAGACCAGCGUGCGCUCGUCGCCAUCGACCACGGCCUGGAUCGCCGGCCUGCUGAUCGCGCUGUUCGGAUGCUGGAUGGGCUGCUGUCUGAUCCCGUGCUGUAUGGACGAAUGCAUGAACAAGGAGCACUUUUGCCCCAACUGCAAGGCGUUCCUGGGGAGCUACAGGCGAUAAGCAAAGUUCAGGCUGUUUGCUGACGCCCCCGCCAUCUGGCGUCGACGUGUGAGACUGCGGGUUGACGUGACCGUCGCACCUGCGCUUUGACGGGCCGGUGUGGUCCCUGUAGGGGGUCUGCGAUGAGGUCAAGGCUCUGGGGUCACCCCAGUGAACGGCGAGGGUGUAAUCUACACAGGAUGUGACUUUACCUCUGUCAACGGGUUGUGGGCAGUGCUACUUCCUUCGCCCGUGCUGGUAGUAAUUUUAUACCUGUUUAAUUUUGUGCAUGAGCCCACAGCUUCGGACGUUUGAACGCCAUCUCGGGCCACGUUUUGUCGCUCAUUGUCACUGGUGCUGUCAAAAUCGAACGGGCUUCUCGAGCGGGCUCGGAUUACGAGCAGGGGCGGGACGUUCGCAACAUUUGACGGCGUUCAAGCAUUUUCCGUCAAUGGAAUUUCCUGAUUACUUGGCAGCGGUACGUUUCCGUCACUUUUCGACGAUUUAAACACGCGGCGGUACGGGCUGCGUAUCUCUCCAUGUUGCUGUCCCUGAAGUUUUCUUCAGGGUUUUUUUUUUGUCCGACACGUCUAACUUGCGUCGGCCGUCUGCGUGGCGCGUUCUGUGCGCCUGUGUAUAGUUGGGCGGCAAGUGACACCGCGGCGUGCGUCUGCCGUCGCGGACGCUCCUCCGGACUGGGAAGCAGAGCCAUGUAGCCUGCUGUUGGCGCGGGGCGGAGCGCCGGCCGGCUAUCAGCCGACGGUGGCCAGGCGGGAUCGCCGAGCAGAGAGCUUUGCAUUGCUGUACGAUAGUAUGCUGGGGGGG